UGAAGGGGGUGUAUCUAAUGAGAAUAAUUGCCCUUCUUCCUGGCGCUACACAACCUGCUUCAUCAUGCCAGUCCUCUUGAAGCACACUUGACUCAAACCUUGUAAUUGCAAUCUUGCUGUGUGAAGUCAGAGGAUGACGGGAAAUAACUGGGGAUACGGAAAAAAAGACGGUCCUUCAGUGUGGCACAAAAACUUCCCAGUUGCCGAGGGGAGUAGGCAGUCUCCUAUUGAUAUCGUCCCUCAUCAGACUUCACAUGACCCCAGCCUGGGACCCAUUCUCCUCAACUAUGAUCACUGUUCCUCCAUAAACAUUUCCAACAAUGGGCACUCUGUUGCGGUCACCUUUGAUGACUCGGAUGACCGUUCAGUGAUCCAGGGAGGCCCUCUGGACAAUCCAUACAGACUACAACAGUUUCACUUCCACUGGGGUGAAAAAGGCUGCCAUGGCUCCGAGCACACUGUUGCAGGGAACAGCUAUGUGUCAGAGCUUCAUUUGGUUCAUUGGAAUGCAGUUAAGUACAAGACAUUUGGCGAGGCGGCAGCAGCUCCAGAUGGACUUGCUGUCCUGGGCAUCUUUUUGGAAACUGGCGACGAACACAGAUGGCUCCACACAAUAACGGAUGCACUCUACAUGGUGAAGUUUAAGGGGACUGUCACAGAUUUCAAAAGUUUCAACCCAAAGUGCCUCCUGCCCAGCAGCCUCCACUAUUGGACCUACCUCGGAUCACUGACCACACCCCCACUUCAUGAAAGUGUCAUCUGGAUUGUCCUGAAAGAGCCAAUCACAGUGUCUGAAAAACAGCUGGGCAAGUUCCGAAUGCUUCUGUUCACUGGAGAAGAGGAGGACCAGAGGAUACGUAUGGAAAACAACUACAGGACUCCUCAGCCGCUGAAAGACAGAAAAGUGCGUUCAUCUAAUUAAUGGAACAUUUGAGAUCCUGUGGCACAAUGCGCUAGGAGACGACAGAGCGAAUGCAACAAUAUGAUCAUUUUUUUAAACUCGGGGCAAGUUGUCAGAGGGACGUAAAACAUGCAUGAUUUGUUUCACUGUUGAUCUUUAAGGCCAAAAGAAGUGUUGGCUUGAAAAAUAAACAUUGUUGGACAGAGCCCCCUUUAAUAUAACUUUAAAAUAUGUUUUGCAUAAUAUAUUUAGUAACUCCUGAUUUUAUCCAAGAAAAAUCAGAGGUGGUUUUGCUACUCCAUUACAGCUACAACUGUUGGGAUUAAAAAAAGGAGAGACAGAAAGCAGCAAAGUCUUGUUAGGUGCUAUGUCGUUUGUCAUGGUUACAUUUAACUGGCUAUUGUUGGCACUGGAGCUGUUUGUAGGCUGGUACCAAACACUUCUGCUGUUGAUGGCCUCCUAAAUGGUGUCAAAUCAUCCUUCUAUCCAGCCUAUUGCUGGUGGAUAUCCAGUCCCUGUGGCCGUAGAGCUUUGUGAGCGUAACAAUCCUAACUAUAGCUGAAAUUGGAUUAGUGCUGUGGCCAUGACAGACUAGUCCCAGGAUCUGUUACAGGUCAGGAGUGGGUGUUAUUUUUAGCAUGCCAUUUAGAUUUAAUUGAAACAAGUGUUUACAAUGACUUAUUGUGUGAGGUUUUCGGACAGUUCCUUCCCACCAUUGCAUUACCUGCUGCAUGUAUGCACAGCCUGUACUGUAUCAAUGUAUGUGACACCCGGCCUGGUUUGUCACACUGUUGAGCUGUGGCAGCUUAGUGUGACGCCACUCUUCAUAUAGGAGGACUACCAAUGGGCAUUGGCUGCAAUAAUUUAGUUUUAUGCUCAUACUGUACCACAAAUUGCACAUGAGAAGAAUGCACCUCACUUAUGAUUCAUAGAUAUGCAAAGAUUAAACUUACGGGUUGUUUGAAAUACUUUGU